AGUAAAACAUCAGCCGACCUGUCAGCGGGUGUUGUGCGUAGCGAUGACGCCAUGGUGAGUAACUCCACCUUAACAAUUCCGAAGAGAGCUCAUUCUCGCAGCGAAGAAGAGAAAGAGAGACCUCCAAGCGUUUAUUGCUCUCCAUCCACAUUCUCCGGGAUUGAUACGAGAUUUCAAUGUUCAACCUGCUCUUUUGUUUCUGUGUUGAGUUGGGCCGCACCUAUAUGGCGUUUGUGAGCGUCAGCGGAGACUUCUGCCAGGCACAGCACCUCGCCUUCGUGGACAAGUGAACCGAGAGCCCCCUGAAAGACUACGCUACCCACAAGCCCCCCUGAAACACCACCACCACCACCUGCCAGCACACUGGGCCUUCUUCUUCACUGCCACCCACUCUCUCUCUCUCUCACUCGCUCUCUCUCUCUCUCUCUUUCACACUCUCAGUCUCUCUUCGGCGGCCUUUCCCCCCCCCCCCCUACACGGAGCCUCCCUCGCGCAGCCUUGACCCCCGUCCAAGCGCUGUGACCCCCCCCCCCCCUCAAGAGUCCUCGAGCGCACCCUGCCUCCAUCUGAAGCUUGUCUUCUCCAGUGAUUUCUCGGACUAGCCUGUCUUACUCAUCGCUCCUGAAUGGGACGUCUGGCCAACAUGAACCGCCCGGCAGCAGUAGAGAUCACCUACGAUGGGAUGAGGUUCCUCAUCACCCACAAUCCUACCAACGCUACGCUCACCAAGUUCACAGAGGAGCUGAAGAAGUCUGAGGUGACGACGCUGGUGAGAGUGUGUGAGGCCACUUAUGACAAAGCUCCUGUGGAGAAGGCCGGCAUCCAGGUCGUGGACUGGCCCUUCGACGACGGCGCCCCGCCCCCUACCCAGAUUGUAGAUGAUUGGCUGAACCUGUUGAAGACCAAGUUCCGGGAGGAGCCUGGCUGCUGCGUCGCCGUUCACUGUGUCGCGGGAUUGGGCAGAGCACCGGUGCUGGUUGCCCUUGCCUUAAUUGAGUGUGGGAUGAAGUGGGAGGAUGCAGUCCAGUUCAUAAGACAGAAGAGACGUGGAGCCUUCAACUCCAAACAGCUUCUCUACCUGGAGAAGUAUCGGCCCAAGAUGCGCCUGCGGUUCAAAGACUCCAACGGCCACAACUGCUGCAUCCAGUAAACCCCGGGAGCAUCCAUCUUACGUUUUUAGCAAGAAGAAGACACCAAACUCAAAACGACAAGUUAAAAAAAAAACAACAUACAAAAAAUAUAUAUGUAGGGGCAGAAGCCGAGAGCUAGCAAAGAGUAAAUGUUGUGGUGAUUUGUGUUUGUCUUGAGGCCGGAUAGCGAGAAGCGGUUAAACGGAGAACAGGGCUGUGCAUAGGGACAGGCCUGUGGAACACACCAGCUGUACGAUUCCAGAGCUAAAGGUCAAAGCACACCGAUUAGGCCCACCUUCUGGUUACCUGUGUACCAAUCACAGGCUUAGAAUCUCACUUCCUGUCGGCCUGUUAACCAAUCACAGGCUAAAAUCCCUCCUUUCUUUUUUUUCUUUCUUUACUGCCCACCCACCCCUUCCCUUGAUAUCAAAUCAUGAAAUAGCCUUUUUUUAUUUUUGUUUUUAUUCUACAUGAAAAUGUUGUUUAAAUGAAACAGUGGUAAAAUAGAGAUUUAUACAUGUUAAAUUGUAAUGAUAAUGAUUUUUAUUAAUAACAUUAUUGCUAUGAUUAUUCAAGGGCCAGAUUAUGUACUUUUUUAUUUUAUUUUUAAGCCUUCUUACACAAACUCAAGUUGUUUUGGUUGAAGUGACGGUAGGAUGGGCAUAGGUGUUAUUAUUGCACAAAACGCUGAACAGGUUCCUUUCAAAUGCAGUAACAAUUUUUUUUUUUUUCUUCCUUCCUUUUUCUUUUUUGCCCUCUCCCUCUUUCGAGAACUCCCCCCUGUUAUUGUGGGGGUUUCGGACAGGGUUGAAGUAUGUCUUCUGUAUUUAUUCAGUUUCAUUAAUCUCUGCCUGGACUCGGGUAGGGGCCAGAGCCUCUUCUAACACACAUACACACACACACUCUCACACACACACACUCACACACUCAAACACACAUUUUCUGUCAUCUCCCUCUUUUACACAACCACGUUUUCAUGUUUUCAGCAACCUUGUUUUCUGAAUCUCUGGGGAGUGCAAUAUUCAGUCCAACUUAAAGAAGGCAGGCCUCACCCCUGAGACCGUCCUACACACACACACACACACACACACACACACACACACACACACUUUCACAUAGUUUCACACUCACUCAUUUCGACAAACAUAUAGACACACACACACACACACUCACACAGGAAAAGGCUUGGUUGGUUAUAGGUACUUGUUCACUCAUCAUGGCUGCUCACUCCUGUGUAAAAAAGGUAAUGGACAACGUCGAGAGACAAACAAACACACACACAAACACACACUCUCUCACUGUGACCCUACUGUUCAGCCCACAUUCACUGAAGGAAGGUUGUGGCAGCCGUGUGAGGGGUGGUCAACUCAAGAUUUAUUUUUUAUCAUUUCCUUCCCCCCUUUUUGUCUUGGUUUUAAAAUAAAUGAUUAAAAAUCAA